AACGUUUCCCCCACUAUGUCGAGCACUCCCUAUCCAAAAGGGAGGGGGACAGGGAUUUUGGGAGUCCAGAGAAACUGUCUUGAAAGUUACAAUCAACGUGCAGGCCACCCUUUCCUCACUCGCUCCCUUGAUAGUCUAAAUUCAUGCUUUGUCCAGCUCGAGGGCUGUUCUUCCUCUUACAGUAACUUCUCUUCUUUUUCCAAGAACAUCUCCUCCAAUGUGCUGGAAGAGUCUGCUGUCUCGGAUGACGUCCUCUCCCCUGAUGAAGAGGGCAUCUGCUCUGGAAAGUAUUUCACUGAGCAGGGGCUUGUAGGGUUACUUGAGCAAGCAGCUUCCUCAUUUACUAUGGGUGGACUUUACGAGGCUGUCAAUGAGGUCUACAAGAUCCUCAUUCCCAUCCAUGAAGCUAAUCGUGACUUCAAGAAGCUGGCAAUGCUGCACGGCAAACUGCAAGAUGCCUUCAGCAAGAUCACCAACCAAGCCUCUGGCUGGGAGAGAAUGUUUGGAACAUACUUCCGGGUUGGCUUUUAUGGCUCGAAGUUUGGAGACCUGGAUGAGCAAGAGUUUGUUUACAAGGAACCCUCAAUCACCAAAUUGGCUGAAAUAUCUCACCGACUUGAGGAGUUUUAUGCGGAGCGCUUUGGGCAUGAAAUGGUAGAAAUCAUCAAAGGCUCAAACCCUGUUGACAAGGCAAAACUGGAUCCCAACAAGGCAUACAUCCAGUUGACUUACGUGGAACCAUUUUUUGACACGUAUGAGUUGAAGGAUCGUGUCACGUAUUUUGACAAGAACUACAACCUGCGCACCUUCAUGUUUUGUACACCGUUCACAUUGGAUGGACGAGCACAUGGUGAUCUCCAUGAGCAGUUCAAGCGCAAAACUUUGCUCACCACUUCACAUGCUUUCCCCUACAUCAAAACCCGCAUCAAUGUCAUCCACAAGGAGGAGAUUAUUCUCAUCCCAAUUGAGGUUGCCAUUGAGGACAUGCAGAAGAAGACCCAGGAGCUGGCUUUUGCCACCCACCAGGAUCCACCUGAUGCCAAAAUGUUGCAGAUGGUGCUUCAGGGAUGUGUUGGCACCAUAGUCAACCAGGGCCCACUGGAAGUGGCACAGGUGUUCCUGGCUGAGAUCCCUGAUGACCCCAAGCUGUAUCGGCACCACAAUAAGUUGCGGCUCUGCUUCAAAGAUUUCACCAAGAGGUGUGAAGAUGCCCUCCGCAAGAGUAAGACCCUGAUUGGACCAGAUCAACGUGAGUUCCUCCGAGAGCUAGAAAGGAACUACCAGCGCCUGAAAGAAGCCCUGCACCCACUUCUCAACCGCAAAAUCCCUCAACUCUACAACCCCAUUGCUCCUCUUUCUGUACACAGAAACUCCUUCAACAGAUUGAGUCUGAGGAAGAUUGAAGCCUAGGAAAGGAGAUGCACCAUUGAAAUGGACCAUCUGAACCACAGAGACCCAGUGCUGGAAAGGGCCACCAACUGUACAUUGCUCUAGAUUUCAGCCAUUCUGUGGACAUGUUGCUCUGCACUGGGAAGUAACACUGGGAUUUGGAAUUUCUUUCUGUGCCAUUCCAGACUUGUUUCAGCUUGUGAGGCCUACCAGUCUUGUCACUCCAACAGGAAAGAGACUAUGUGAGGAAGAGGGUGCUGGGAAUGAUCUGACCUCCCACGUACUGCCCUGCUGAGGGCUGUGCUCCAUCUCAGGAAGCUUCUGACUGUGCAACUUCCAGAUCGGGCGCUCUGCAGAUCUUCUUGACUGAAGUCAAAUUUGCUUUAUGCAUAUGGGCAUUGCACUUCCAGAGACUGUAGUUGAGGACUUAAACACUGUGGGUUCUGUGUCUUUGUCUCUUGGAGAGCUGGGUUUAGCUGAGAGGCUCAGGCUCUCUUCCCAUCUUUCUCUUGUUACGUGUUGCACUGUCCUUUUGACCGCCAACAAUUUGGAGCAGCCAGCUAUUCAUGGGUCAACAAGAAUGACUGGCCUAUGUUUUGGAAUUAAUUUCUAACUCAGGGAAGAAGGUAGUAAUAUCUUGGAGUAAUUUAAAAACUUAGGACAUCCAGGUCCUGUGCCUGGCCUUAAGAGGUGACCAGACCAGGAGUUGAUCUGCCCACUCAAGAAUGUAGUCUGAAGCCUGGGAUUUGGCUCUGCUGUUCACUUCCUUCACAGACACUCUAAAUGCCAUUUUAUAUAGCUGGUCACCAGGGGAUGGCUGUCUACCUAUCAGCUACCUUCUGGAAUCCUCAACUUGUUUUACCUUUCCAACACAGGCCAAAGAUCUUUUUCUAUUUAACAUGCCUCUUACUAAAACCUUUCUAGAGCAGGGAUAAAAUUUAUGUAAUCACAGCAGUGCCUUCUAGGGCAUAGUUUGCAGGGGGAGGGCCUGUUUACUUCUCUUUGCCCAAAUGCCAUCUGGGGCUGUUUGUAUGUCUUGUUUCUUAAGAAGAUACGCCUCCAUGAGUGCCCCUUUCUUCCUUCUAGUGCCUCUGCCCCAUCUCCACAAUCAAAAAGCUGAAGGAAGUUUCCCUCUCCAGGGUAGAACUGAAUCUAGGCUUUGCUGUGCUGAGUAGCAUUCUUCUUCUGCAGGACUCCCAUCACAGGGGCAGAAUGGAGUAUUUGGAUGAGAAAUGGUGCAUUGAUGAAAAAUUUGGGUUUUGUUUUGUUUUUUAACUAGAGAAAGUCCAGAUUUACUUGAAACUGGUGGAGAGUAUUUCAUGAAAAUUGCCCAGGAUUGAUCCGUCUUUUAUGUUUAUAUGGGCUCCCUGAUUUGGCUUAGUGUUUAUAAGUACACUGUUUAAAAUCACUUCCAUGUCAAACCAGAAGGGAACAGCCACAGAGGAUGCAAGAACUGCAUCCCCAACAUUUUCAGCCAUCCCAAACCCCUGCAAUCCUCACCCAUCACAUCUAAUUUUUAAAGCUUGCUGUUUCAACCCUUUUUAUGGGUGAAGGAACAGCAUUUAAUUGGAGGUGCAAUUCUGUUUUUAAAGCUGCCCAUUCAGUAAACCAAACUGUACUAAAGCAGGCAAAUGUGUGCAGACAGACCUGAAUCUGUUCUACAUUCAUCCUUUAAAAAACGUUUUCAGAGACUUUUAUAGGCACAAGGCCAUUGGGACAUAUGAGGCCCCCCAUUUGUUUCUCUUCACACAUUCUUUUCCUCUUGCUUUACCAAACAAGGACCUGAAGAUGAAGGUUUCUGCUCCUUCUUAAAAGUGGAGAGCAAAUGAUCAGUACUAGGACUCAGUUACCUUCCUAUAACCAAAGCUACAACUAUUUGGAUCCAAAAUGUACUCCUACCCUCUUCUCUGGAUAAGGGUUCUAUUGUUUCCUAUCUUGCUCCAAUAUCUCCUAGUGUGAAUCUUUGUGCCGUGGCCACAUCUAAGGUGCAUAAUUCAGCCUUGAUUUUUUGUCUGUCUUGCUCCUCAAUGAAGGAAGUUGUAAACAUUUUAUUUAUAAUGCAGUUUUAAAAAAACAUGUGAAUAAACUGAUUCUGUUCUUUUUUAAAAAUGA